AGUUUGUCAUUUCAGUUUGUUGAUUUGUGUCCCGUUAAAAAUAGAAGUUGUUUGUGCAAAUAGUUUAAUGCUGUGCAUAUAUAUAAAAAAUAAUUAAAUAUUAAUAAUGACUGUUUUUAAUUUAUAUAUAUUUGAUAAGUUUGGCACACUUUUGUACUACACGGAAUGGAAUCGCACAAAAAAGUCUGGGAUGACAAAAGAGGAGGAAGCUAAACUUACUUACGGUAUGCUUUAUUCGAUCAAAUCAUUUGUAGCAAAAAUAUCUCCACAUGAUCCACGUGAAGGUUUUUUAUACUAUAAAACGAAUAGAUAUGCGCUGCAUUACUUGGAAACACCGUCUGGUCUAAAAUUUGUUUUAAACACUGAUACUGCAGCUUUAAAUGUAAAAGAGUUGUUGCAAUUAAUGUAUGCCAAAGUUUGGGUUGAGUAUGUAGUACGUGAUCCGCUUUGGACACCAGGCACACCAGUUACUUCGGAACUCUUCCAAACGAAACUUGAUGAAUUUAUAAAGCAAUCAUCUAUUUUUGGUUUACGCAGUAUUUAAUAUUUAGAAGCUUUGAUAUUUUUCAUAGGAUUUUAAACUGACAUAACGUUGCAUGAAAUUCUGCUGGCAGCCAAAUUGUGAAAGAGACAUGAAUAAUUGUCCAAACCAAGCUGAAGC